UUUUUUUGAAGUAAAAAGACUUGUCACGCCAUUGCAAUUAGUUGUGACCGAAAACACGUGGAAACAAAAAAACAUGGUUCCCAAAUGAUGCCUAUCAUCAUAUAUUUAGAGGGCCCCUCAAAUCAAACCCUUUAAACCAGAUUUCUAUACUUCUUAACAAAUAGUGGAAAUAUUGCAUACAAAAUAUUUCCCAGCAAAAAACUCAAUCACACCAUGUACGCAAAGCUUACCCUCUGCACUCUCCUGCUUCAUCUUCUUAUUCUACUGGGUUCAUCUGAUGGAGCUGUUAUCGAUAAUCACAUACAGCAAGUCCAUUCUCAUAUGCACCACGACGCGACUGAUCCUUCACUCAUCAUCUUCUUCUUCCCCAAGGAUCUGAAACUCGGGAAUACAAUGAAGAUCUAUUUCCCCAAAAGGGAACUAUCAGAUUCCCUCACUCACUUAAUCUCCAAAGAAGAAGCAGAUUCCAUUCCCUUCUCCUCGCAAAGCCUCCCUCAAAUCCUCCGCCUCUUCUCCUUCUCCGACGGCUCCCCUCAGGCUACGGCCAUGGCCGCCACGCUGGAUGAGUGCGACAGGCAGCCAAUCCAAGGAGAGAAGAAGUUUUGCGCAACAUCCUUAAAAUCCAUGUCCGAAUUCCUCGAAACUAUCUUCGGCUCCGGCACUCCAGUCGAGGCCUUGUCUACUUCUCACCUCAAACGAUCGGAAUCCGAUGAUGGGGUUGUGCAGAGGUAUAGAAUCAUGGGAAUCCAACAGAUUCCGUCUCCGAAGCUGGUGUCGUGCCAUACGAUGCCGUAUGCAUACACUGUAUUCUACUGCCAUUACCACGACAGCGACAACAGGGUUUACAGAGUGUCGUUGGCGGGAGAGAAUGGAGACGCAGUUGAAGCGGUUGCUGUUUGUCACAUGGAUACCUCUCAAUGGGGGCGUGGCCACGUGGCGUUCGGUGUGCUCGGGGUGGAGCCCGGUUCCACUCCGGUCUGCCAUUUCUUCCCUGCGGAUAACUUUGUUUGGGUUCCGCUCAUGUCUGCGUUCCAGAUGUAGAAAUAAUAUGUAUAUUGCAUAUAUAUAUGAUCUUCAAUAUAUCUAUGUGUGUGUGUGUGUAAACCAUGUAUGCAUUUGUGGCGUGCUUUCAGACGGCAUGAAUGUGUUGCUGUCUGUUUUCAUCUCAAUUAAUAUCUAUGGAAACCAUCAUAUUUGUGUUGGA